AUGGGCAGAGUUUUGAGGAAGAGGCGGCCAAGUAGGCGGCCGCCAAGGGUGCUCCAGAUCCUCGCCGUGGCCUCGACUGCAUCGGCCUUGUCGCUGGCCAACUUCCAACUUAUUACGUCGAACGCGAUACCGUCUCCAUGCAUAGUGGCAUACAACUCACAGAUCAGUGGAUGUACGAACACCGAUUUCACCAAUGGCAACAGAUGUUCGAACAGCUGCAUUAAUGGCUUGGCGAGCGUGUCGUCAAUCGUCAACGCCAUCUGUGGUGGUCUCAACGUCAACCCGCAAUCCUUACUAGGCUUGACGCUGGACGGGUUGCUGUUGGAAACCCUCUGUCCGGGGUCAAACGUCGACACGACAACAGUGAGAGUGACUGUUCAGCCUUCGAGGACUAGCUCAAUAGCGACGACCUCAAGCCCGCCACCCGCGAUCAUCACUUCCGAAGUCCCACCCCCGGCUACCACAUCAACAGAUAUCGAGACCACCUCGAGCGAUGGGGGCGAUGACCCGCCAACUGAGACCAGCACCGCGGUGCAAACAUCAGAAGUUACUGCGACAACCACGAGCGCCUCGUCACAGGUCACACAAGUGACAAACACACAGUCUAAUAACCCACCAACCGACGGGCCGACUGGAGCUACCGAGCCAGGAGGAGGAAGCCCAUUCGACACCGUCGUACAGGCCCAAGCCGCAGUGUCCUCUAUAGUUCGGACUACGAACCCAUUGUUCUUGGCCGCGGGUGUCGCGCUAUUAUUGACAUUAUAG